AUGCUCUCGCCGCUCCUCACCGCCGAGCCCUUUGCGCCGUGCGCCGGCGCCGCCGCGCGCCUGCUCAAGGCCGCGCAGCCGCUGCUGCUCGUCGGCCUGCUCCUCUGGCACGGCGCCCUCGCCGCCCUCGCCACGCAGCUGCGUGCGGCGCUGGCAGGCGCGCCGGCGCAGCUGCUGCGCCCGGCGGCGUGGCGCGACGCGCUGCUGGCGCGCGCCAUGCCCGUGCUGCUCGCCGCGAGCGACGAGACGUGGGCGCCCGUGAAGCGCGACCUCGUCGCCCAUGCCCACGGCAGCGUGCUCGAGGUCGGCGCCGGCUCGGGCAUGACGCUCAAGUACUACCGCCGCAGCGAGGUCACGUCGCUCGUGCUCCUCGAGCCCUUUGCCGAGCUGCACGCGCCGCUGCGCAGCGCCAUUGCCGCGCACGGCCUCGGCGCCGUGGCCACGCUCGUGCCGCACGGCGUGCACGAGCGGCGCGCGCUGGCGCAGGCGGGCGUGCGCGCCGCGCGCUUCGACACCGUCGUGCUGGUGCAGGUGCUGUGCUCCAUUCCCGAGCCGCACGCGCACCUGGCGUACCUGCAGUCGCUGCUGGCGCCCGGCGGGCGCCUGCUGCUCUUCGAGCACGUCGGCAGCGCCUCGCGCCUCACGCGUGCCGUGCAGCGCGCCUGGACCUACCCGCUCUGGCGCUUCGUCGCCGCCGGCUGCUGCCUCGACCGCGACUCGGGCGUGUGGCUCGCGCAGCUCGGCGGCUGGAAGCACGUCGAGCUGCUGCGCCCCGCCAGCGAGGACGACGGCGAUGUGGUGCCGCACGCCGUCGGCAUCUUCACCAAGGCGUAG